UCUACUGGACUACUAAGCACGUGCUUGAUAACGUAAGAAAACCUGUGCCUGUGUGGAUAAUACUUUUUCGGAAUUAAAAGCUUUGAGGAAAAUAGACAGCUCUCUGCACAAAAAGGUGCGCUUGUGAGCGAGCCUUGAGAAUUGAAUUGAUUAACAAUACGUGUAAAGGUCGUUUAUAUCGGUGGGUUUGAGUCUAGUAUCCAUUCAUAUUUUAAACACCCGCGUUUUUGGUCUUGGAAUGCGGGAAGAAAGGAAGUGCGUGCGUAUGCGCAAGUGUGGUGGAAGGAAGCGAAGAUAUGGUGAAGGACGCAAUGUUUUAAAGCAGUUGGAGUAAACAAAAAAGGAAGCAUAUGUGUCAUGAAUGUUACUAUUUAGCUUGCACACGUAGCAUUUGCAGCAUCUGCGUAUUACUACAGAUAACUGUUUCGACAUGGGAAAUGCGGAUACGAAACUAAAUUUUCGAAAAGCUGUCGUACAAUUGACAUCAAAGACCCAACCAAUUGAUGCAAGCGAUGACAGCUUCUGGGAUCAGUUUUGGUCAGAAAAUGUCAAUAACGUUCAAGAUGUUUUUACUCUGGUACCAGCACCAGAAAUAAGAGCAUUGCGAGAAGAAGCACCAUCAAAUCUUGCAACGUUGUGUUACAAAGCAGUCGAAAAGUUAGUGAAGGCAGUUGACAACAGUUGCAGAACUCAACACGAACAGCAAACUGUUCUGAACUGUGUGAGACUUUUGACACGUCUUUUACCCUACAUUUUUGAAGACCCAGAUUGGAGGGGUUUCUUUUGGUCAAGUUUACCAGGACAGUCAGAAGAUGAUGGUGAAGAUCAAUCAAUGCCUUUGGCACAGUCAUUAAUAAAUGCUAUUUGUGAUUUGCUUUUCUGCCCGGACUUCACAGUUGCUGGAAGCAGAAAAGUUGGACCAGACAAAGCAGAAGAUCUUCAGGCUAUUGAUAGCUGUGAAUAUAUAUGGGAGUCUGGGGUAGGAUUUGCUCAGUCUCCCCCUCGGUAUCCACAUUUGGACGCAAACAGAACUGAAUUGCUUAAGUUACUUUUAACUUGCUUUAGUGAAACCAUGUACCAACCACCUGUUGACAUCCACACAUCACCUAAUAGAUGGAUUCAGUACUAUACUUCAGCAGAGAAUCGCCAUGCCCUUCCAAUGUUCACUUCACUAUUAAACACAGUUUGUGCUUAUGAUCCAGUGGGACUUGGUGUUCCAUACAAUCAUUUAUUGUUUUCUGAUUCCCUGGAACCCUUAGUAGACACAGCUCUGCAGAUUCUUAUAGUUACUUUGGAUCAUGAUACAAGUGGUGGUGGUGGUGGUGGUGGUAGUGGGGCAACUGAAGGAGAAGAAAUUUCUGUUCCAGACAAUUUGUUUAUUAAUUAUUUAUCUCGAAUUCACCGAGAUGAAGAUUUUCAUUUUGUGUUGAGAGGUUUCACCAGACUUCUAAAUAACCCUCUUGUGCAAACUUAUUUACCCAAUUCGACUAAGAAGGUUCAGUUUCAUCAAGAACUCCUUGUCUUUUUCUGGAAGAUGUGUGAUUAUAACAAGAAAUUUUUGUAUUAUGUUCUGAAAAGCAGUGAUGUGCUUGAAAUACUUGUGCCUAUUUUGUACCAUCUAAAUGAUUCCAGAGCUGAUCAGUCUCGAGUUGGUCUAAUGCACAUAGGAGUAUUUAUUUUGUUGCUGCUGAGCGGUGAACGUAAUUUUGGUGUCCGUCUGAAUAAGCCUUAUACUGCCACUAUUCCUAUGGAUAUUCCAGUUUUCACUGGCACUCAUGCUGAUCUUCUGAUUGUGGUUUUCCACAAAAUUAUAACAACUGGUCAUCAACGUCUGCAACCUCUUUUUGAUUGUCUUCUUACUAUUCUUGUCAAUGUUUCUCCUUACUUGAAAACACUGUCAAUGGUGGCCAGUACAAAAUUGCUGCAUUUACUGGAAGCUUUCAGCACUCCAUGGUUUUUAUUUUCAUCCCCAACGAAUCAUCAUUUGGUUUUCUUUCUUCUUGAAAUUUUCAAUAAUAUCAUCCAGUACCAAUUUGAUGGAAAUUCUAAUUUGGUGUAUACAAUUAUUCGAAAAAGGCAGGUAUUCCAUUCUUUGGCCAAUCUACCAUCUGAUUAUGGUACAAUUACAAAAUCUCUCACCAAACGAACAAGACGUCAUUUACCAAGUGCUACCUCAACAGAAAAUGUUAGGGACUUACCAAGUAUGGAAGGAUCUCAUCCAGCAUUGCCUGCAGAACCAGGAACUCUCAAAGCUACUCUACCAGAUACCCCAGGUAUUGAUAAAAUGACUGAAAAAGAAUCAGCUCAUCCAUCCCCUCAUCAACUGAGUGAACUUACAAUUUCUGGUCAGACUAAUGGAAUUAAAAACAGUGAAGCUUCACUUGUACAAGCCUCUGCCACACAGAGUGUGCCUACAUCAAACAUUGAAAACCCCAGACAAGGUGAUGGAGAAGAAAUUGCUAAGUCCAAGAGUGCACCAGUUACACCUGGCUCACCAACACCUUCAAUUCACUCAACAGCAAGCACCCGCUCAGCAUCAGGUAGAAAACACUCUGAGUCAUCAACCAGUGGUGGAGGAGGAAUUCCUAGAUCUGUUUCACAGCGUCAGAGCAUCCGGCUGACUGAUGCUAAUUCUCUCGGCCAGGGAAGCGGAUCAGGACAAUGGAUACCUACUUCUGAUUGGGUGAAUUCAUGGAAGACCAAAUUACCAUUGCAAACAAUUAUGAGGCUUCUUCAGGUGCUUGUACCACAAGUGGAAAAGAUAUGCAUUGAUAAGGGCUUGACUGAUGAAAGUGAAAUUUUAAAAUUUCUUCAACAUGGUACCCUCGUGGGUCUUUUGCCGGUCCCUCACCCAAUCUUAAUAAGAAAAUAUCAAGCCAAUACAGGUACUACCACAUGGUUUAGAACAUACAUGUGGGGAGUUAUCUAUUUGAGGAACGUGGACCCUCCAAUUUGGUAUGACACUGAUGUCAAAUUAUUUGAAAUUCAGAGAGUGUGAAGUGGUUUUGUUACUCUUAGGAGCUUGAAUAAUUUGUUUUCUUACUUUUCACUCUUCAAAUGAUUGAAAAUUAUUGUGAGAGUGAUCCUGAACAUUCCUGCUAGCAUUUCAUUUUGUUUACAAGUGUUUUAGUAACUGUACUAUAUCGAACAGAAAUAUCUUUUGAGUGUUUAUCUUAUAAUUUUACUUCGAGAACAGGGAUUACACAGUAUUUUAUUACAAUAGAAUGUGAUGUUGAACAUCUAUUUUACAUAAUUUAUGAAAAAUGUUUUUAUAUUUAUUGCAAAUGUAAGUUGUCAUGUGUGUGAUGUAGUGGCACUCUUUCUGUGAUUUAUUUGUUUAUUGAAGGUGUGUGUUGUUUGCCUUGUUCAUGAAAAAUGUAUUGAAUGAUGUUUGAUGUAGCUAUAUAUUUAACUAAUGUUGCUUUUGUCUGUACAUCUAUAUAAAAAUGUAGUUACCAUGUUUCCAUAUGAAAUAUGCCACACAAAAAUACUUCUGAUAUCUACUUGAAUUUUGUCUUACUAAACUUUUAAAGCCUGAGCUCCUACUUCCUAUUCCUUGUCAAUGUAUUGCGUAAUCAACAUUUUCAGUAAUGUAAUUUUGUGCCUUAACCGUGCUGCAUCAUUUGGGUCUUUUUUGACCCGAUGCCUGAUUUGUGUUCAAAGUACUUUUUUUCUUUUUUGUAUUAGGCUUAUGAAUUUUCUUGACAUUAAUUUUAACUGUUACUACAAAUUACUAGCUAAUUUAAUUACUACUAGCCAGUCAAUAUAUAUUGCAUUUUUUGAGAAACAAAAAGAAUGCACAAAUAAGUUGUUCAAAUCCUUUUUGUUCUUCCCUGUUGGGCAUGGGAAGAAACCAAAGCUCCUUUAUUGACACAGAAACUUACAAUUCAACACAGAAAUUAUGUUAUAAUUUCUGUGUUGAAUCGUAAGGUUUAACUUGAUCUUUACACAAUCAUGGUCCUAAAUUUUUGUUUUAUUUAGAUGUUAAUCAGUAUUCUUAUCUAUGUUUUGACCUUUCCAACAAUUGAGAAUAACAAGUUGAAAGGAACCCAAGAGUGUGUCUCAUUUAUCAAAGGAAGAAAUCAUAAAACGCAAUAAAUAAUUCAGAUGAAUU